UGAUAAGUACUGCAAACAUAGGUUAUCACCAUUGAAUAACCUGCUGCAAACUUCACUUGUUCUAAUAUUCUCACAAUGGCGCCCAAAGGUGAUGCGCUCGGAAGCAAAAGGAAGCUUACCAAUGGCAGCAAAGAACAUUCAAGCAAGAAGCCCAAGUUCGAUAAGAAACCGUCGCGGAAACAAGAGCCGGAAGAAGAUGUUAGCGACGAUAGCGAGAUCAGCGAAUUUUCGGACCGAGAAGAUGGCGGUGCUGCUUUGAAUAAUUCGAAGUCGCAGCAGAAUGAUGAUAUACCGUUCCGUUCAAAACCCGACGGCAAUCAACCUGGGAACACCUUUGAAAAAGGUCAAAACUCGCGCGAAUCGCACAUAAAGCAAAAGCAAUUGGCCCAAGAGCGCAAAGCAGCAAAGCCCCUGGCCGAUGAAUUGCAACGAACAAAGAAGCUCUGGGAGAGACUACGGUUGAAAUCCAAGGUUCCGAAAGAUGAACGGCAAAAACUCGUCGAGGAGCUCUUUAGCAUUGCUACAGGUCGUAUGAAGGACUUUGUGCUCAAGCAUGAUUCCGUCCGUGUCGUCCAGACCGCUAUCAAGUAUGCGACCCCUGAACGGCGGAAGAUGAUUGCGAAGGAGCUGAGGGGUGCAUAUCCUAUACUAGCUGAAAGCAAGUAUGCCAAAUUCUUAAUUGGCAAGCUUCUUGUGAAAGGCGAUGACGAGAUCCGAGAUAUGAUAGUUCCGGAAUUCUACGGCAGAGUUAGAAAACUCAUCAACCACCCCGAAGCUUCUUGGAUUCUGGAUGAUAUUUACCGAGGCAUUGCUACCAAGGAGCAGAAGGCCAUUCUGUUAAGAGAAUGGUAUGGGCCAGAGUUCCACAUCUUCCGAGCUACAUCGGAGGGUGAGACCAUCCCCACGGCCGAACUUUCUCAGAUCCUUGCGGAACAACCAAGUAAACGGGGGCCGAUCAUGAAAUAUCUGCUCGACCUAACCAACCAGCUUAUCCAAAAGAAGAUGACUGGGUUUACGAUGCUACACGACGCCAUGUAUCAAUACUACGUCAAUGUGAAGCCAGGAACCGAGGAAGCUAAAGAAUACAUGGAAAUGAUCAAAGAAGACGAGAAUGGCGAUCUACUAAAAAACAUGGCUUUCACGAAAUCGGGAGCUCGACUUGUGUGCUUGCUUCUUGCCCAUGGAGCAGCUAAGGACCGAAAACAGAUCCUGAAGACAUAUAAAGAUACCUUCCAACUUAUGUCGAGCGAUCCGAAUGGACACUUGAUCAUUCUCGCCGCUUACGACCUAAUUGAUGACACCGUCUUGACUUCCAAAUCCAUUAUAACGGAAUUACUGGGCAAGACGGAACAAAAUGAAGUUUCUAAUGUUGUGAUCGCCGCCAAUGAUCCGAAUGCCCGCUUAACAAUACGAUACCCACUUGAGGGUGCGUCUAAGGUGCUCUUCGAUGCUGGUCGCGCUGAUGACCUGAAGCUCCUCGAGGAGCUGUGGGAGAUUCGAAAGACAACAAGUAAGAAGGACCCUGAGAUCCGUCGAAAGGAAUUGGUCACCGCAUUAUCACCACAACUACUUUCUGCGAUUGCUUCGUCACCACUAGAUUUAAUCUCUACUUCCCAUGGGUCUCAAUUGGUUACCGAAGCGCUUCUUUCCUGCGUCGGAGACAAAUCCGAGGCUUUACAAGCAAUAGCAUCAACCGCAAAGGGAAACCCCAACGAGGCAGAUACACCAGCCGAUGAAUCUGAAACUGAACCCAUCCCCGUGGAGCACAUAUCCAAAGCCCCCCACGGCGGACGCAUGUUCAAGACCCUAAUAGCCGGUGGCCACUUUGACAAAGCGACCCGUCGCAUAAUACCCGUCGACCCACCCCUCCACUUCGCAGAUAUCCUGUACCCCUUCAUCAAAGACCACAUCAUGGCGUGGGCCACAGGCCCAAGCUCAUUCGUCGUGCUCAGCCUCCUAGAAGCAGAAGACUUCUCGAGUAAAGGCGAGCUGAAAAGCACGCUGAAGAAAAAUAAAAAGGCCCUCGAGAAAGCGGCGACGGAGGAGACGCCGGAGCAGAAGGCGGCUAGGGAGGUGAGUGUCGAGGAGAAAAAGAAGAAGAAGGGGAAGAAGGAGCCGGCUGUUGGGAAUAUGGGGUCUAAGUUGCUGCUGGAGAAGUUGAAGGGUUAGAGGCUGGGGACUUCUUCGAGGCGUGUUGGGGAGUUUGUAGAUGUGUGAAUGUGAGAUUUUGGGGUUCAAAAGUGCUUCUUUGGUACGUGUUUUGAUGGGGGUGAUUGGUUAUUGUGACAUGCUGCCCGUAUCAAGGUCGUUUGACUUUGUGUUUCUUGUUUGAUGCUGGCUAAAUGCUUCACGGGUUGUGCGGCUAGUAUGUAAUUGCUUUGUGCAAAGUGUUGAUGAUAUAGCUAACCGCACUUACUCGAUGUCUUCGUCAAUGCCCUUAAGUCUCCCGAAUAACUGGCCUAGUUAUCCCAAAAUCCCAAUAUACCAUCCUCAUGCGAACCCUGUUCUCAACGUUCCGCUACCCAGUUCUAGACUUCAGAUUCUUUUCGUCUGCGGAGAUUGAUUGAGACUACCUAGGUACUUACCUAGGUCAACUACCUUAUCGUAAGCAUUGUUGUCAAAUAAUCACCGUAAGUACCUAGCGUAUAAAGACUUGAGGACUUGGAAAUAGGUCGGCACUCUCAACCUCUGUUAUAAGUUUGGAGGUAUUUUGUUAUGAAUAUUUUAGAAAUAUAUGAGAUGGUUGCGGG